AUGCGUUCUACUAUCGCCAUUCUCGCCGGCCUGGCGGGUACUACUCUCGCUUAUCCCGCCGCCGAUGUUACUGUCGACCGCCGUACCAACAUCUUCGGCUUGGGUGCUGAAGUCCUCCAGGGUGCUUCCGUUGAUGUCGGUACCAUCCUGAAGGGCGUUCUCAGCGGUGGCUCUUCUGCCUCUGUCUCGGCUUCUGCUUCCAUCUUCGUUGGUCUGAGCGCUCGUGGUGCUGCUGCCUUUAACGGUGGUGCCCUUGGAUGCAGUGCUGGCACUAUCAGCAUCAGCGAUCGUCUUGUCUUGAAGUCCUGGUUGUCUAGCCAGACCCACAUCACCGGAAGCCUGAAGACCUCUUUGAUCGGAUGGUGUGAGGGUUCCGGCUCUCUGACUCUUGAGGCCGACAUUCUCGCCGCCCUCAAGGUCUAUAUCCCCGCCUGUGCCAGCAUUGCUGCUAAGGAGUCUCUCUACGUCACCGUUGAUGGUAUCUUCGGUGCUAGUGCCAUUGCCGGCGACUUGGUCCUCAGCGCCUCUGCCCAGGCUUCCCUUGGUGCCUGGAUCGAUGCUUCCGUCGGUCUUAAUGCCCACGUUAAGGCUGGUCUUAGCGCCUGUGCUGCCGGCAGUGUCAUUGGCAGCUUGUCUGCCGAUGUUAAAGCUUCCCUUUUGGCUUGGUUGAACGGUGGUCACUGCACCCUUUCUUCUUCCCUUAAGAUCUCCGUCCUUGCUUGGGUUGAGGGUCGUGCUGGCCUUAACCUCGUUUCCGUUGGCACCCUUGGUGAGAGUGCUCUCGCCGGUGUCUCCGUCGGUGCUUCCGUCGGUGCUUCCGUUGGAGAGAGCGGUGUCCUCACCGCCAGCGGCCAGGCCGCUAUUACUGCUUUCCUUGAUAUCGAUGUCUCCGCUGACAUUGAUGUUAACGUCCGCACUGCUCUCAAGGCUUGUGGUUCCGGUGCUCUUGCCUCCAGCCUCGAUGUCGAUGUCCGCACUUCCCUUGCUGUUUGGUUGUCUGGAUCCAGCUGCACUCUGGGAGUCGAGCUCAAGGCUGUUGUCCUCCUCUGGUUGUCUGUCUCUGUUUCCUCCGAUGUCUCCGUCGGCCUCGUCAGCGGUCUCGGCUCUCACGUUCACGGCUGGUUGACUGAGGAGAUCAUCGGCGAGCUUAGCAUCAACCUCCGUGGUGCUCUUGGCCUCAUCAUCGGUGGCGAGUCCCUUUCCGUCUCCUCCUGGAGUUCUCGCUGCGAGCUUGCUGCCUUCCUUGGUGGCUCCACUAGUAUCGAGAUUGAUGUUAGCAUUCAGCUGAUCAUCUUUGAGUGGUUCACCGGCUGCAGCAUUCCCGGUGCUCCCGCUGCCUCUGCAUCCGCCACUGCCUCUCUGCCCAGCGCUACUGGCUCAAUCUCUCUUCCCAGUGGCUCUGCUUCCGUUCCCAGCGGCACUUCUCCUACUGGCUCCACCCCCGGUGGCUCUGGCUCUGGCUCCGUUCCCAGCGGCUCUGGCUCUGUUCCCAGCGGCUCCUCCCCUACUGGCUCCACCCCCGGUGGCUCCGGCUCUGGCUCCGUUCCCAGCGGCUCUGCUUCCGUUCCUAGCGGCGCUUCUCCUACUGGCUCCACCCCUGGUGGCUCUGGCUCUGGCUCCGUUCCCAGCGGCUCUGCUUCCGUUCCUAGCGGCGCUUCUCCUACUGGCUCCACCCCUGGUGGCUCCGGCUCUGGCUCCGUUCCCAGCGGCUCUGCUUCCGUUCCUAGCGGCGCUUCUCCUACUGGCUCAACCCCUAGUGGCUCCGGCUCCGGCUCUGUUCCCAGCGGCGCUUCCCCUACUGGCUCCCUUCCCAGCGGCUCUGGCUCUGUUCCUAGCGGCGCCACCCCUACUGGCUCUGGCUCUGGCUCUGGCUCUGGCUCUGGCUCCGGCUCCGGCUCUGGCUCCGGCUCCGGCUCUGGCUCUGGCUCUGGCUCUGGCUCCGGCUCUGGCUCUGGCUCCGGCUCCGGCUCCGGCUCCGGCUCCGUUCCCAGUGGCUCCGGCUCCGUUCCUAGCGGCGCCUCCCCCACUGGCUCGGCCACUAUUACCUACGGCAGUGCCCCUGCUCCCACUUCAUCCUCCACUGUCAUCGUCGGCAGCGGCAGCGUCACCACCGAGAUCGUCUGGGUCACCACCACCGUCUGUGGCUGCGACUUCUAG